GCAUUUCCGGUAGACUAGACACAAUCUCACCAAAAUUAAACUGCUAAGCAAUGAGAAAUCUGCUCACUCUUUUGCUGUUAGUGCUGGUUUUCAGUCAUGGACUGACCAUGACUAGGGGAUAUAGAGAUGAAGAUGAUGAUUGGAGGCUGGAAAGAGAAUGGGAGAGAGAGGAGAGGGGCGGUGAAGAAGAAGAAGAUGAAAGACCAGACCGUGGAGCAGAAAGAUUCUUGUUGCAGGACGCAAAGCAUGUGGUGAAGACUGAGGCUGGUGAUGUGCGUGUAAUAAGGAGUGUUGGAAGAAGAAUUGUGAACAGGGAGAUGCAUAUUGGGUUCAUUUCUAUGGAGCCACAGAGUCUUUUCAUUCCUCAAUAUACUGACUCCAAUUUGAUCCUCUUCAUUCGAAGAGGAGAAGCCAGACUUGGAUGCAUCUACAAAGAUAAACUGGUGGAAAAGACAUUGAAGAUGGGUGACCUGUACAGAAUUCCGGCCGGUUCAGCUUUCUAUGUGUUGAACACAGGGGAAGGGCAGAAGCUUCAUAUCAUUAGCAGCAUUGACCCAUCCGAGAGUUUGGGAUUGGGAACUUUCCAGUCUUUCUUCAUUGGUGGAGGAUCAUAUCCCACAUCUAUUCUAGCUGGAUUUGGCAAGGAAACACUUUCAAAUGCUUUUAACGUCUCCAGCGAAGAAGUGGAGGAUGUGUUAACCAGGCAACAAGAUGGUCCAAUUGUAUACUUACCCGAUUCUCAUGCACCAAGCUUGUGGUCAAAAUUCUUGCAAUUGAAUGAGCAAAAGAGACUACAACACCUAAAGAGAGUGCUGGAGUUCCAAGAAAAGCCACAAGAAAGAGAGCAAAUGGCAUGGUCAUGGAGGAAACUCUUGAAAUCAGUAUUUGGGGCCGAAGAUAGGAAGGAUACAAGAGCAACAGGUGGAUCCCCAGACUCAUACAACAUAUAUAAAAGAAGCCCUGACUUCAGGAACAACUAUGGAUGGACUGUUGCUCUUGAUGAGUCUGAUUAUAAACCUCUUAAACACUCCGGCAUCGGUGUUUAUCUUGUUAAUCUCACAGCGGGAUCAAUGCUGGCACCUCAUGUGAAUCCAACUGCCACUGAAUAUGGGAUUGUGCUGAGAGGAUCAGGAAGAAUCCAAAUAAAUUAUCCAAAUGGAAGCUCGGCAUUCGACGCACAAGUGAAUGAAGGCGAUGUGUUUUGGGUGCCGCGGUACUUUGCAUUCUGUCAAAUCGCAUCGAGAAAAGGGCCUUUUGAGUUCUUCGGAUUUACAACCUCAGCACGCAAGAAUAGACCACAGUUCCUUGUAGGUUCGAGCUCACUUCUUCGGACUCUGCCUAGCCCCGAGCUCGCAGCUGCAUUCGGCGUGAGCGAGGAUCGGAUUAGAAACCUCGUCCAUGCACAGCGUGAAGCUGUUAUAUUGCCUACGGCAGCUGCAGCACCGCCGGAUAAGACGGACAAGAAUGAAAAGAAGUUUGAAAAGCCGCCGUAUAUGAUCAGAAACUUCGGUAAUGACAUGAUCUUGGGGUUUGAUUAAGGAAGCUCGGGAGGUGAAUAAGUUGAUGAUCGGCUAGAAUGUUUGUCUUGGAGAAGACGUUCUGUAGUGUCUAGUUGUCUUUUUUUUUAUUAGGGCUAGUUUCUUUUUAGUUUAAUUUCUGUUUCAUGGUUCGUUCAUGAAUUAUCGAGUUUCGAAUUGUGAAUAAACUGGGGUACUUCUGUGUGCACUGUGCAUUUUCA